CCCACUAUUCCAAAAGCCCAAUAAGAAGCCCAAUUUGAUUCCAGAAAAAACUCAACACGUCUGAUUCCCAAUCCCAGCCGCAUUGCUAAGCUUUCUUCUCUAAACAAUCUCUAACUCUCAAAACCAAUCCAAUUUCUCUUCCUUUCAAUUAUUCCAAAUGGCGUCGAGGAUUGCUUCAAGAAUUGUAUCUCGGACUCAGAGGAGAUUCUCGAGCAGUGGUAAAGUUCUAGGCGAGGAGGAAAAAGCUGCUGAAAAUGUUUAUAUUAAGAAAAUCGAGAAGGAGAAGCUUGAGAAGCUCGCACGCAAGGGACCUAAACCAGAAGAAACAGCUACCGCAACCUCUGAGGCUGCAGCCAAACCAGUCGAGGCAACUGAGGCUGCCAAACCUGCUGCCUCGACUACAACCACUGCUUCUGGAGAAUCAAAAGUAUCAACCGACAAGCAUCGAAACUACGCUGUUGUAGCGGGUGUGGUUACCGCUUGUGCUGCUCUGGGAUGGUAUCUUAGAGGCAGUGAGAAGAAGCAAGAAGUUCAAGACUGAGAAUAACUCGGUUUUGUCCCGAAAAAUUACACAAUAACCUCUGCAAAUCAUAUCUCUUCUGGUUUUCGAAAAUCGGAAGUGGUAGAGACACAAUAAAUCUGACUUACAUUGUUAUAUCUCUUUGUUGUUCUAUAGAUAUAUUGAGUUGGCAAUAUAUCAUGACCUUUCUUUUCUCUGUUUUUGAAAAUAUUUUUUUGAUUGAGGAGUUUUUUGUUCA